AUGGAGAUGCGCCGGCAGCGGCACAGGCGACCUCUUCCAGCAGGGACGAAUCCACGCGGUGAACUGGGCCUGCUUCUUCCCGAUGAACGGCUCAACCAACCACCAGGAAGCCUCUGCGUCGUCCAUCCCCAGCUUCCCAGCAACGCCGUCCUCGUCGUACGGCCCGCUGCUGCGCAGCCGCUGGUCUUCUCCAACAUGCCUCGCUGCUGGGGCUGGACGCGCACCACCGUCUUCACGUGCACGGUGCACCCACGAACACCUCUGGGCUCUGGCGGCUCCUCCUACCCGGUGGUCGGUGGUGGCAGCAGCGUUGGGCCCAGGAACGUGUACUGCAGGGCUUCAACGUCGUCGGAAUUAGGCGAGCUGGAUGGGUUCGCGGAGGAGGAGGUGUAUGCCGCUACGUCGAGUCGGAAGAGCACGGCGAGGCUGAUCACGAUGACGUUGGCAUCGGCGGCUUGGGUGGGCAUGCGCCGGCGUGGUGACAAGUCUGAGAGGAGGACGUGGGUACCGGGUCAAAGACCGUUUGGAUGGGUAAACGAGACCCAAAUCAAGUUUAGGGACUUAUAUGGCCGUUUUGUAAGUUUAGUGACCGGAAUGAUAUACUCAUACAAGUUUAAGGACUGUUGGUGCACUUAA